AUGUCCCUCUUGUUUAUUCUUUACUUUCAUUGUUCAGGACGUUCUUAUUAUCGCUUUUCCCUUCACUUUUUUUUUUUUUUUCGUUAUUUUUUUCCUUCAUUGUUCCGUUAUUUUUCUUUCUUUCUUUCUUGCUUGCUUUCGUUCAAUCCUUUCUUUAUGGCAGUACUUUCUUUUACGCGUCUAUGUUUCUUUCUUUCUGUCAUUAUAGUCAUGAUUGAUUUCAUUCAUUUUUCCAACUUUAUUCUGAUCGUCCUAAACUUCUUUCUUUCUUUCUUUCUUUCUUUCUUUCUUUCUUUCUUUCUUUCUUUUAUUUGUCUUUCUUUCUAUCCUUUAAUAUUUAAAUCCUUUUCUUUAUUUGUUUCUUUUUUCAUUCUUUCUUUCUUUCUUUCUUUCUUUCUUUCUUUCUUUCUCGGCCUUAAUUUUCUUUCUUCUUUUCUUCCUUUCUUUCUUUCUUUCUUUCUUUCUUUCUUUAAUUGCUUUUAUUUAUUUAUUUCUUCCUUUCUUUUACUCUUAAUUAAUUUCCGUUCAUUUAUUCAAUCCUUAAUUCCUUCCUUUCUUUCUUUCUUAAAUUACCUUUCUUUCUGUCUCUCCGUCUGUGUGUCUGUCAGUCUUCAUUUUUCUCUUCUCGCCUUGAUCCUUCUUUUUCCUUCUUUUAACAUAUCCUCUCUCUUUUUACAUUUCUUAUCCAUCGCUUUUUUGUGGAUGUCCGAUUAUCUAUCUAUCUAUCUAUCUAUCUAUCUAUCUAUCUAUCUAUCUCUAUAUAUAUAUAUAUAG